AUGGUUGCUCCUUCAAUUUAUCUUUUUCCACUCACAUUUUAUUAUACCAGUAAGGAGAAACCAGACCAUGGCUUUAAAACCUUGGUUGGAAAUUUCAGACAAGAAGUAAACAUCAGAACAUAUGAUUCCAUUCCAAUCAGUACAUCAAACAAAAAAUCAUGGAAUCGAGAACACUUUGCUUUGACAUUCCCCAAACCACCCCUGCCAGGUAGAAAAAAGACAUCAAGACCUUUGGAAUUACACACAGUUCCUGGACUGGAGAAAAGAAAAUUAAAGGAAAGUCAGAAGAAAGCUCACAUAUGGAUAAGGCAUUCUUUAAGAGAAAAUUUCCAAACACCAUCUCGUUACUUAGCUGUCAGGAGACAGGCUCCUUUCAGAUGUUCUUAUAUUCCCAAAGCCCAAUCUGAAAAGGCAGAACCUAAAGAGUAUGAAGAUAGCGAAGAAAGAAGAGAUUUAAAGAAAUAUUCUAAGGAAAAAAGAGGCCCACAUGCAACAAUUCUAGAAUCCAAGAAAACAGUAAAAGAUGGAAAACUUAAAAGAAAGAAUAAAGCACUUAAAAUUCCAGCAAAAUCUUGUGAAAAUGAUCUAUAUAAGCAACCAAAGUCUAAAUCAUAUCCAAGUUCAGAACACAAGGAGUCUAAGGAAGUCUCAAAGAAAGAUCAUAAAAAAGAUAAGAAAUAUUCAGAAAAUUGCAAGGAGAUAGAUACUAAAUCCCUAGGUACCAAGAGUGAUCCAAAGGAAGAUUCUAAGAGUUCAAAGAAAGAUCCUGAUGCUGAAUCAGAAUCUUGCUCAAAAAUUAGUUCAAAUGUGCAUUCAGUGAUGUAUUUAGAGGAGUCUGGUACUGAAUCAAUGGAUUUUGAUAUGUGGCUAAAGAAUUAUUCACAGAAUAACUCCAAGAAGGGUGCAAAGAAAGAUACAAAGAAGGAUUCAAAUACGACCUCUAGUAGUGAAUCUGAAGGUCCAAAGGAUGCAAAGAAAAGUCCAAAGGAAAAGAAAAAUGAAAAGAAAGACAAUAAGAAAAAGGAUGCAAAGGACUCAGCGUCUAGUGAUGUUGAAUCUGCAGGUUCAAAGGAUGCAAAAGAAGAAACAAAGAAAGAUAAAAAAUUAAAGAAAGUCAUUAAGAAGAAAGAUGAAAAGAAAGACACAGAUUCUACUGAUGCUGAAUCUGUAGACUCAAAAGAUAUAAAAAAAGAUGCAAAGAAGAAUAAGAAAGAUUCAAAGAAAGACAGUAAGAAGAAGGAUGUAAAGAAAGAAACAGAGUCUACUAACACUGAAUCUGGAUCUGAAUUGGAGUCUAAGAGUAAGAAAGAUGAAAAAAAGGAUAUGAAAGAUUUGAAAAAAGACAGUAAGAAGAAGGAUGCAAAGAAAGAUACAGAUUCUAGUGAUGUUGAAUCUGCAUCUGAAUUAGAGUCAAAGAAGAGUAAAAAAGAUGAAAAGAAGGAUAAGAGAGAUUCAAAGAAAGAUGACAAAAAGAAGGAUGCAAAGAAGUAUGCAGUGUCUACUGAUGCAGAUUCUGAAUCUGAAUGGGAGUCAAAGAAGGACAAGAAAGGUGCAAGGAAAGAUUUAAAGAAUACAAAAAAAGACACAGACUUCACAGAUGCUGAAUCUGAUGAUUAUCCAAAGAAAGGCCAAAAAAAACCCUUAAAGCCCACAUUCAAAGAUUCAGAUGCUGACUCUGAAGGAUCACUAUAUACACCUGGGGCUAAAAGUAGAGCAACUGAUGAAUCAGAUGCCACAUUCACAGAUUCAAAGAAGGAAGCACAGGGAGUAAAGAAAGGACUCAAAACAUCAUACAAAAAGACCACAUUUGGAGAAAGAGAGAAAAAAACUUUGGGUAGAGUCCCUCCAUCAAGAGAAAGACCACCACUACCUCCUUGUACGCCUUUAACACCAUCACCCAAGGUCAAACGUCUUUGUCGGUGCAGGAUGCCUCCUCCACCUCCACAACCAAGAUAUGCUCCUUUGCCUGAAGCAGAGUGGAUUCGUAAGCUGCUUUAA